AUUCUAAUACUUCUAUUCUAUUCUAUCCUAUUCUACUCUAUUCUCUAUAUUCUAUUCUACUCUAUUCUAUGUAUUCUGUGCUAUUCUAUGCUAUUCUAUUUCUAUUCUGUUUCUAUUCUAUUCUAUUCUAUUCUAUAUCUAUUCUAUUCUAUUCUAUUCUUUCUAUUCUAUUCUAUUCUAUUAUCUAUUCUAUUCUAUUCUGUUUCUAUUCUAUUCUAUUCUAUACUAUUUCUUUCCUAUUCUAUUUCUAUUCAUUCUUUCUAUUCUUAUUCUAUUCUAUACUAUUCUAUUCUAGCUAUUCUAUACUAUUCUAUUAUAUCUAAUUAUUCUUUCUAUUCU